AGACUUUACCCCGCCUCACCACCGCUGCUCCUCGACACCAUCACCCCUGCUACUCGCACACCGCUGUCGCACAAGCAGCAAGGAUGACGACGCCAGCUUCCUCCAGCUAUACCCUCGCAUCCUCGCCCGGCAAGGUGCUCCUGGCAGGCGGCUACCUUGUCCUCUCCCCAGCAUACCCAGGCCUCGUGGUAGGCACCGACUCGCGCUUCUACUCUCUCGUGGCCCCUGGUUCUCAGCAGGAGUCAAGCGCAUCGACCUCACCUUCUGUCGUCCCCAUCACAAUACGCAGCCCUCAGUUCGAGGAAGCGAUCUGGGCGUUCUCCUUAGAUGUGACACAAGCAACCAUCACUCUUAGCAAAACCUCAGCAGAGAGUCCCAAUGCAGGCCGAUCACCUUUCCUGUGCCUUUCCAUCGUUUACUGCCUAGCUCUAGCAUUUCAGCACAAGUCUCAGGAAGAGCUCAAGACCUCACUAGGGAGUGGCUUAGACAUCCAUGUCUUAGCUGACAAUGACUUCUACUCUCAGCGAAAAGAAGCCAUGCCUCCCACGUCGGAAUAUCUCAAAAGCCUCGCACCCUUCAAUCACCUUCACUGUCCCAUUUCGAAAGUUCACAAGACGGGCCUGGGCUCCUCUGCAGCCCUUACCACGUCCCUGGUAUCCGCUCUCCUCAUUCACCUCGGAGUAGUGAGCCGAGACCUUUCCGACGAGGAUCUUGCUCUGCUUCACAAUGCAGCUCAGCUGGCUCACUGCGCAGCACAGGGGAAAGUUGGAAGUGGCUUCGAUGUCAGUUCGGCGGUCUGGGGUAGCCAGAUCUUCAGAAGAUUCGACCCAUUGGCAUUAGAGGCACUGCUGCAGGAGGUCCCAGCUAUCGGCGUGGAAGGGGGCGAGGUGAGUCGGCCGCGCCGUGUAGAUGCUGCGAUCAGAGAGACGACGACUGAAGACACCUCUUUCAUCUCUUGUGUCGCUCAGCCUACGGACCUCCGCGCCAUACCUGACCUGCUUUCUCAUUUGAACCCUCGGCAUGUGCUCUGGAAGCCGUCCCCUUUGUCAGCAGCAGAAGGUUCGUCAGGCUCGACCAAGGCGGAUGGCUCUCAUCCAACAGCCUACGAGGGACUGCACUAUGCCCCGUCUAGCCUCGGCAAUGGCAACAACGCAUCCGUUUCAAGUAUACCCCGUCCGGCUCCUCUUGAGCUGCCCCCUCGCAUCGAGAUGCUAUUGGCAGACGUAGACGCCGGCUCGAAUACCCCCAGUCUAGUCGGCAAGGUGAUGGAGUGGAGAAAGAAGAAGCCCGAGUGGGCCAAGCAGCUCUACAAUGUGCUCGCGACGUCCAACCAGAGUCUAGCAGAUGCGCUGCUCAGCCUUAAAAUAGCGCAUGAUACUGACGCGAGCCGGUAUCAUGAAGCCCUAGACAAGGCGGCCGGGCUAAGGUCUAAAGCUUGGCCCGCUCCGACCGCUAUGGAUGAUCCGGAAGAUCCCAUGACGCACCUCGUAUCAGCUCGCAACGCCUUGCGCUCCAUUCGUGCAGGUAUGCGCGAGCUGGGCAAGCUAAGUGGAGCUCCCAUCGAGCCUGACGAGAUGGGUCGUCUCAUCCAAGGGGUCAUUGAGACAGUGGAAGGUGUCGUAGGAGGUGGAGUGCCGGGAGCUGGCGGCUACGAUGCCCUCUACGUGCUUUACAUCUCCGAAAGGACUUCCGCUGGGUCGAGGGCUGGCGAGAUCGAGAAGACGCUGAUGGGCGCAAAGGAGAAGGGAUUGAGUGUCGGGGUCCUCCUAAGCCGGAGUGGAGGCGCCAAAGGCCAUGAAGACAAAAGUGAAUCGAGGCGUGGCGGCCUCCGAUUGGAAGGAGUGUCCGAUGUCAGGGGUCUGUCCGAAGCGGUAGGAUGGUCAUGA